AGGAGCAGCAGGAGCAGCAGCAGGAGCAGCAGCAGGAGCAGCAGGAGCAGCAGGAGCAGGGCCGGGCAGAGCAUGAGCGCGGUCACUCAGUCCCCGGUGGUGCAGAUGGCGACCAACAGCGGCGGCGGGGGCGGCGAGCGGGACCCGCUGCCCCCGGGCUGGGAGAUUAAGAUCGACCCGCAGACGGGCUGGCCCUUCUUCGUGGACCACAACAGCCGCACGACCACCUGGAACGACCCGCGGGUGGCCCCGGACGGGCAGAAGGAGAGUCAGUCCUCUGCAAAUGGCCCGACCCGGGAGAGCCCGAAGCCCCAGGUGGCCAGAGAAGGGACCCCGGUGUACCCUCAGCUGCGACCGGGCUACAUCCCCAUUCCGGUCACCCACGAAGGCUUGGAGAACAGGCUGCAGCAUCCGUUUCAUUCAUUUCACCAGCCGGGCAUGCAGCGAGUCAGAGCGGAAACCGUCGCCCAUCCUGCCAGGUCGCAGUCGCCUCUAAGGGCCUACGGCCAGCCGGAGUCACCUCUCAAAGGCCCGGCUGAAGCCGUCCAGCCGGACAGACAGUGCGGACAGUCAACGGCGGCCGCCACCCCUCCGACUCCCGCCUCUCACGGGCUUGAGGGAUCUCAGUCUCCGGCCACUUGUGACUCCCCUCCGCCACCACCGGGCCUGUCUCAACCGUCCGGCCGAGCCAGCUUGGGCAGCCACUCGCUUCCCCGCGGGUACAUCCCCAUCCCCGUGAUCCACGAGCAGAACGUCCUCCGACAGCCGGCCCAGCCUUACCACCAGGCCCAGAAGACCCAUUACCCGGCGCAGCAGGGCGAAUACCAAACCCAUCAGCCCAUCUACCACAAGAUCCAGAGCGACGAGUGGGAGCCCAAGCCCUUCCACGCCCAGUCCCCUUUCAGGAUGCCCCCUAAAGCCUCGGCCAGCCGGGAGAGCUCGCCCGGCAGAGCCGGCCCGCAGAUUCCUCCCCCGUCUCCCGUCCGGGGGCACGCGAUGGCGGACAAACCCAGCCAGGCAUCUCCUCAGCCGCCAGCACCACCCCAAGAACCGUCUCCAGUGCCUCAGCCCAAAAGCAAGCCAGAAAGCAAGGCGGGAACAGACCCGCCGACUAGUUACGUCCCGAUUCAAGUUGUCCACAAGGAGCUCGAUUCCAAGCCGCUGCCACAGAAGCCUCCGCCUCCAGCCGAGAGAGUCGAUCUAAAGAUCCCCCCUCCUCCCGGCACUCCUCCCGCCCCUUGUCCCCCGACGAGCGAGGCUUCGGAAGAGAGGCCGGCCCCGGCGGAAGCCCUGCCUCCGAAGACGGCAGAGGGGGACGACGGCCCGAAGCACCCCGGCGUGCUGAAAGUGGAAGCCAUUCUCGAGAAGGUCCGAGGCCUCGAGCAAGCGGUCAAUUCAUUUGAAGGGAAGAAAACUGACAAAAAGUACUUGAUGAUCGAAGAGUAUCUGACCAAAGAGCUGCUCGCUUUGGAUUCGGUCGACCCGGAAGGCCGUCCAGACGUGCGCCAGGCCAGGAGGGAUGGCGUGAGGAAGGUCCAGAAUAUUUUAGAGAAACUGGAACAGAAAGCCGUAGAUGGCCCGGAUCAAAUCCAAGUGUAUGAACUGCAGCCCAGCUUGCCGGAAAGUGUUAACCCUCUGCAGGAAACCAUGGAGGUCGAUGCUGAGGUGGACAAAGGCAAGAAGGAUACGGAAAAUAGAGAGGUCAGAGAGGAAUCCAAAACGGAAACGCACCAGCCUGAAACGAAAGGAGCCGUUGCGGAUCUCGCCAGCACAGCCGACACAUCCAGCAAUCCGACAGAACCUUAGCCGUCCGCCGAGAGCAGAUACUUGGACUUAGAACUGAAUGUGUGUUUAAAGAAAUUUUAGGUUGCAUGUAUUUCAGGAGCUGUGCACCAAGGAGUUUUUAAUAUACGUAGCAGCUUGGGACACAGGAAACACUUGGAGAUAACGAACAACCAAGGGCUAGAAUUAAAAUCCUGCUUGUAUUCUGUAGUCUUCUCUUGUAUAAAGAAACCGCCUGUUGUUUCAAGAAGCUAGCCCUGUCCUUCAGUGGAUUUUGUGCCGUAUUUGUGCAGGGAUACUGCGAUGUCAACAUCGGCGUGAGCUGUCUCACACAGUUCUUUCGUGGGCAGUUAUUGGAAAAGCCAUACCCGGUCCUGAAUGGUAUAAUGAAUUCUUCAAAGGUUGCCACUUUAAUAUGAUUUUUUUUUCUUUUCACAAUUGGGCACUUUAAUGAUGGGUAGAAAGUGUGCAAGAAGUUGUAGGACUAUUUAUACGUGUGGACGAUUUCAAUGCUAUAUUUUAAAAGGAAAAUAAAAUGAUAAUAUAUUAACCUGAAA